CAUCUCCGCCUCCCACCACCUCCACCAUGACGGUGAUGUCCGGAGAGAACGUGGACGAGGCUUCGGCCGCCCCAGGCCACCCCCAGGAUGGCAGCUACCCGCGGCCGGCCGAGCACGACGACCACGAAUGCUGCGAGCGUGUGGUCAUCAACAUCUCCGGGCUGCGCUUCGAGACGCAGCUCAAGACUCUGGCGCAGUUCCCCAACACGCUGCUGGGCAACCCUAAGAAACGCAUGCGCUACUUCGACCCGCUCAGAAACGAGUACUUCUUCGACCGCAACCGGCCCAGCUUCGACGCCAUCCUCUACUAUUACCAGUCGGGGGGCCGGCUGCGCCGGCCGGUCAACGUGCCGCUGGACAUGUUCUCCGAGGAAAUCAAGUUUUACGAGCUGGGCGAGGAGGCCAUGGAGAAGUUCCGCGAGGACGAGGGCUUCAUCAAGGAGGAGGAACGGCCCUUGCCGGAGAAGGAGUACCAGCGCCAGGUGUGGCUGCUCUUCGAGUACCCGGAGAGCUCGGGGCCCGCGCGGGUCAUCGCCAUCGUCUCCGUUAUGGUCAUCCUCAUCUCCAUCGUCAUCUUCUGCCUGGAGACGCUGCCCGAGCUGAAGGACGAGAAGGACUUCCCGGGCGCCGUCCACCGCCUGGACAACACCACGGUGGUCUACAACGCCAACAUCUUCACGGACCCCUUCUUCAUCGUCGAGACGCUGUGCAUCAUCUGGUUCUCCUUCGAGCUGGUGGUGCGCUUCUUCGCCUGCCCCAGCAAGACGGACUUCUUCAAGAACAUCAUGAACUUCAUCGACAUCGUGGCCAUCAUCCCCUAUUUCAUCACCCUGGGCACCGAGAUAGCAGAGCAGGAGGGCAACCAGAAGGGUGAGCAGGCCACCUCUCUGGCCAUCCUCAGAGUCAUCAGGUUGGUAAGGGUAUUUAGGAUCUUCAAACUCUCCCGCCACUCUAAGGGCUUGCAAAUCCUGGGCCAGACCCUCAAGGCUAGUAUGAGGGAGCUAGGGCUGCUCAUCUUUUUCCUCUUCAUCGGGGUCAUACUGUUCUCUAGUGCAGUGUACUUUGCCGAGGCGGAAGAAGCUGAGUCGCACUUUUCCAGUAUCCCUGAUGCUUUCUGGUGGGCGGUGGUGUCCAUGACCACCGUAGGAUACGGUGACAUGUACCCUGUGACAAUUGGAGGCAAGAUCGUGGGCUCCUUGUGUGCCAUCGCUGGUGUGCUGACAAUUGCCCUGCCCGUACCUGUCAUUGUGUCCAAUUUCAACUAUUUCUACCACCGAGAAACUGAGGGGGAAGAGCAGGCUCAGUUGCUCCAUGUUAGCGCCCCUAACUUAGCCUCUGACAGUGACCUCAGUCGGCGCAGCUCAUCCACUCUCAGCAAAUCUGAAUACAUGGAGAUCGAAGAGGAUAUGAAUAAUAGCAUAGGCCACUUUAGACAGGCCAAUAUUAGAACUGGCAAUUGUACCACAGCUAACCAAAACUGCGUUAAUAAGAGCAAGCUACUGACUGAUGUUUAAAAAGCCAAGCAAAGAAAUUUCUAAAAGCCCCCACUUAGCAGCCUGAAAGACUUAAAAAACUAAACAAAACAAAUCAAACCAAACCCCGAGUGACCAAAGUCACUCUCUGUGUAGAUACUUUACUAAGUAAGCUUUGGACGUUCCAUUGAACCGUCGAUGCAUUGUUGCAUUGCCAGUGUUGGGCAUUGCCCAUGUUGGGGGUGGAAAACCGGAAGAUUUCAGGAGCCAUGAAAUAAAAAAAAAAAGAAAUUAUUUUCACUUUAUUAAAAAAAUGGGAAAAGAAAGUGUAUUGUCUAAAACUGGUUUAAAAUCACUCAGUCCACGAACUAGUCUAGGUAAAAUAAGAAUCAUGUGCUUCCCAUUUUUAAUUCUUGCUGGCUUCUUUAAUUUUUUUCUUUCAUGUGACUGAAUGAGAAUUAGAAGAUCGCUUAGAAAUAUCAAAUGAAAAUUUGCAUGGGACUCUAAUAUGAAAUCUUGGCAAACUGCACAGCGUAUUUUAGACAGUGCAUCAGAUGUAUUGUAUGUAACAUGAUACACCAGCCAAAACGGGCAACGAACAGAUGUUUUUAUUUUGAUCCACCGAACUGCAUAUUCCAAGGUGAAAAAAAAAUUACUUAAGACUGGUUCACCAAGCACCUUAGAAAUCUGAUACUGGUCCUGGUUCUGUAGGGACUUUUUCCCUCUGUCCCCAUUCUUUUUUGAUUCAAAUUCUUCCCUAAGGAACAGUGAUAACUGAAUACAAUUCACUGAUCCAUCUGCAGUGCUGCUAAGAUUCUCAACUGCAGAUAUGCCCAAAGGGUCUUUUCUCACAAGUCCUGCACCCUGACUCCCAGCCUCCAGAACUGGAUGUAAAACCUUAGCCUCCUUGUUGCAAGACAGCACAAAUGGAACUAAGUGUAAGCAUGUUUGAAUCUGAUCCUAAUUUAUUUUAUAAUCGCAUGCUGAGAACGUUAACUCAGACAAUAGGGGAUAAGCUUACUUAGGAAUCGAUUCUUCUACAGAUAGAUUCUUCUUCAUUUGCAUUCACCAAAAGUGCACUCCUUCAUUUAUUAACUCUUUUUAUUAGUCAGUAAAGUACUGUAUUUAAGUACCUAUGUUAGUCAGCUGGGAACAGUACUUUUCGGAGCUCCAAGCAUGUUCUCUUAUUCAGCAUUAUGGCUGAUUUGAUUAAGGUGUACCUUGAAUUAAUUAGUGCAUGAUUCAUUUAAUGUAAAAACGUUAAAAAAUAAUUAAAAUUAUAAGUUUGUGGGAUGAAGGGCC